CGAGUGGACGGGCUUAGUCAUGGCCUCUUGGAGGAACGCCCUGUUAAGGCUGUGGCCGUUUAGGAGUGAGAACAAUGACAGUUCUUCCUCGCAGUGGGGCAGGAAGACCGAGACGAGGAAGAUAGCGAGGGCUCUAGGGCCGUGGGAGGCUUAUAUGGUGACCGUGCAGUCCAUUCUGAUCUGGGAGAGUCCGGGGACGAGCGCCCUGGCCGUGGUGGGAGUGAACGUCCUCUUCUGGUUGGUGGUGUGGAGCGAGCUGCGCGUGUACUUCGUGGCGAGCGUGGCGGCGCUGGCGGUGUUCCUGCACCAGCAGUGGGUGCACACCAUCUGGCCCGAGAUCCGCGUGCCCAAACCCGAGCCCGACGACACCGAAGACUGGACUCCUGUGCAUCCCAGUUUUGUGCAAUAGUGUCUACGGUGCUGAGCGUGGGUGCUGUGGUGGGCCACUUGGUGCCGGGUGCUGUGCUGGUAUACAUCCUGCUCAUGCUGGUGAUGACGGGCCCGGGGAUCCUGCUGCACGUGUUACCCGACUCCUUCUACGAGCGCCUGGCCAAGAUGAGGGCGGCGCUCAGGGGGGAGGACUCGGAGAUGGAGAUCUCCAACGUGUCUCUGGACAGCGACCUGACGGAGUUCAUGCCGGAGCUCCAGUCUGCCGAGGCCCAGGCAGCCCUGGACGUGCCCCUCAUGAGCCAGGAUCCUCCAGAGGUGGAGCAGAUGGUCGAGGACGCCUACCUGCAGGAGGAUUCGGAGAGGAGCACGAGGAAGAGGACCAAAAAUACUGGCGGAGGCGAGAGAGGCGAAGGGGCCCCUGCCGCUCAGGGACUGACCUUGCCUCUCAGUUCGGAAGAUGGAAUCAGCUCUACAUUUUUCACAAGUGGACUUCCUGAGGAUUUCCCAUCCUAUGACCAUGACAGCGUUGAGGAUCUCGAUGGUCCUGAUAUAGAGCUUCCAGAUCUCCCCAAAGUAGUAAGGGAACCUGUCCCAGAAAGGCAGGGCACAGGUGGGGAUAGAUAUCAAAUGGAGUUUGUCUCCUCACACUUUGGUGAUAGCAGUGAGGAGGAGGAUGCCUUUUUAGAAGGAUUAACCUUCGAAGAAAGGGUCCAGGCAAGGCCAGAGCCCCGGGCACAGCCCUCCAUCCCUAGUCAAACAAAUACUUCACCGCCUAUGGAUCCCAUAGGCCAAUUAAUGACUAGCGUUAUAGCUCAAAAUGCAGGCAAUGUUUUAUCUGCUCUUGGACAGAAUUUAAUGACAUCUGUGAUAGGGCAAGCAGCAGCACAGGCCCAGCCACCACCCCAAAUGAGCCAGCAGCCGAGACGAACGGCAGCAGAGCCAACAGCAAGAAUGACUAGGUCACAAGACCGUCAGCAGCAAUCGGUGACAGAUCUUGAGGAAGACUUUGAACUUAUUUCUGAUGAAGAGUUCCAGUGAUUUAGUGUGCUGUGGACAGGCAUGUGUAGCUGAAGAAAAAGAUGUCAUAAUAUUAGAGCAACAAUAUUUUGGAGCAACUACUCUCUUAGAAACAUUCGUUUGAAGAAAAGUUCUUUAGUUAUGAUAAAGCUAUUUUUUCUUGUAUUACUGCACCAAUAGUAUGAAAUUUUUCAUAUCAAAGUGAUGGUGGCCUUAAUAAUGAUAUCUCAAGGAGUACCAUUCUUACAGUGUUUGUUGCUGUAAUGUUUUUACUUAAUUAAAAAGUACAGCUAGGAAAAGAAUAGAAGUUACCCUCCAUUUUGAUUCUUUAUCUCCCUUCUUUUAAUUGCUAUUGGUACUCAGGGCAAGACCGUGCUGAACUAACUUUGCUUGAGAGGUUGAACAUUCUAGUGAAGUGGCCAACCACAGUAGUUGUUACUUUUUGAUCUUUUUAGAUCUCAUUCCUAAAGAGUAACUUACCUGUCAUUUGCCAGCAUACUCCCUUGGAAUUGUUGUUGAUGUGCACAAAUGCAAAUCAUUCAGCUGUCCUCUUUUACAGUUUCUGAAAUUCACUGAAAAGACAAAGGUUUACAGAUAUGGGAACACACACACACACACACACACACACACACACACACACACACACACACACACACACACACACACACACACACACACACACACACACACACACACACACACACA